AGCGCGGAGGCGGCGACGCACAAGUGGGGCGCGAACGAGCUGAGGGUGCCGAGGCCGGGGUUCUGGGACCUUCUUAGUGAGCAGCUCGUCGCGCCGUUUUUCGUGUUUCAGACGUUUUGCUGCAUCCUCUGGCUCGCCGACGAGUACUGGUACUACUCGCUGUUCACGCUCGCGAUGCUCGCGGUGUUUGAGAGCACGGUGGCGUCGCAACGGCUGAGAAACGUGGACGAGCUCAUGUCCCUGACGCCCAACGGGGCGUCGCUGCUGGUGCACCGGGGCGGGCGGUGGACGCGUCGAUCGGCGCGGGAGCUGGUACCGGGCGACGUGGUCUCGGUGACGGCGAACGGAGUGAACGACGUCGGCGAGGAGGAGGUUUGCCCGGCGGACCUUGCGAUCGUCUCUGGGGACGCCACAGUCACCGAAGCGAUGCUCACGGGCGAAUCCACGCCCCAGCGCAAGCGCGCUAUAGAACCCGGGGGCGACCAACCGGUUGAUACCGCGAUUGAUAAGACCGCCACGCUGUUCGCGGGAACCAGGGUGCUUCGAGCGGAGCACGGGUCCGCGAGCGGCGGGGACGGCAAACCCCCGGACAAGGGAUGCGUCUGCGUCGUGCUCCGAACCGGGUUUGGCACCGCGCAGGGCGAGCUCGUGCGGACCAUCCUGCACGCCGGCGAACGCGUCACCGCGGAUUCGUGGGAGACGGGCGCGUUCAUCGCCGUCUUACUCGCCUUCGCGUCGGUGGCUUCCACGAAAGUGCUGCUCCACGGCCUCGCCGACCCGACGAGGAGCAGGUACAAGCUGUUCAUCAACUGCGUCACCAUCCUCACCUCCGUCAUACCCCCCGAGCUUCCCAUGGAGCUGUCCAUCGCCGUCAACACGUCCCUCAUCGCGCUUGCGAAGAGACGCGUGUUUUGCACCGAGCCGUUUCGCGUCGUCGACGCCGGCCGAUGCGACGUGUGUUGCUUCGACAAGACGGGCACGCUGACCGAGGACGAGCUCCGGUACGAGGGCGUCGCCGCCGCGUCGGACUGCCCGGUGCUGACGACGUGCCCCGGGGACCUCUCCCGAGACGUACCCGAGGCGGCGCUGGCGCUUGGGUCGUGCCACUCGCUGGCGCUGGUGGGGGGCGCCGCCGCGGGGGAUCCCAUGGAACGCGCGGGUCUGGCGGGGUGCGACUGGACCCUCCUGCCUCAGGACAGGUCCGCGAGCGGCGCGAGCUCGGUCGCGACGCGCACCGCGAGGGUGAUGACGCGCCACGCGUUCCGAUCCGAGCUGCGGCGGAUGUCCGCCGUCGUCGCCGUCGAAGGCUUCGACGGGUGCAAGCGACGGGUCGUGGCCAAGGGCGCCCCCGAGACGAUGGAGGCCACCUUACGAAAACUUCCCGCCGGGUACCGCCGCGCGCACGAGGCUCUCGCGAGGCGCGGCUACCGCGUCAUCGCCCUCUGCGCGAAGGCAAUCCCCGACGACAAAGACGUCUCGGCCGUCAAGUCCAUGACGAGGAAGGAGUGCGAAUCGGGUUUGGACUUUAUCGGUUUCGCCGCCUUCGCGUGUCGCGUGAAACCGACCUCCGCGCCCGCCGUCGGCGUCCUCGCCAACUCGUCUCACGCGUCCGUGAUGAUCACGGGAGACGCGCCGCUCACAGCCUGCCACGUGGCGGCCGAGGUUGGCAUAACGACGAGACCGACUUUGCUUCUCGAGUCCGACGGCGGCGACGAUUGGUGGUGGGCGACGCUCGACGGGAAGAAAGUGGAGCCCCUGCCACUUUUCAUCACCACUUAUGACACCGCCAGGUCGGGUUCGCUCGCCUCGCUGGCGCGCGAAUACGACCUGGCGGUGUGCGGGAAAGGUCUCGACGCCAUGACGCGGCGUGACCGACUCGCAGACUGCGUCAAACACGUGCGAGUCUACGCGAGAACGGCUCCGGAACAAAAGACUCGAAUCGUGCGAGCGAUGCGAGAUGCCGGUUUGAGGGUGAUGAUGUGCGGGGACGGGACCAACGACGUCGGGGCGCUGCGGGCGUCGCACGUCGGCGUGGCGCUCCUCGACGACGGGGCCCGGGCCCGGGGGAUGGGGAACCACAGAGACCACCGGGUGGGGUCGUCGAGGAGCGAGUCGAACGGGAGGGAGUCGUCGAACGAAAAAUUGAACGGGACGGAAACACACGGGGGCGGAACGAACGGCGACGUCAUCGCGGAGCUCACGAGGCGAAUGGAUGCUGCGGACGAUCGAAGCGCGGGCGGGCGACUGGCGUUAGCCGUCAGACCCGGCGACGCGUCUCUCGCGGCGCCGUUCACCGCGAGGAGCGGCGGCGUCGCGCCGUGCGUCGACCUCGUUCGGCAGGGCCGAGCCGCGCUGGUCGCCUCGCAGCAGAUGUUCAAAAUUCUCGGCCUGAACUGCCUGUGCACGGCGUACGUCAUGAGCGUGCAGUUCCUCGACGGGGUCAAGUUCGGCGACACCCAGAUGACGUGUGGCGGGUUGAUCACCGCGGGGAUGUUCCUGGCGCUCAGCCGCGCGGCGCCCAGCCAAAGACUGGCGCCGUGCAAACCCCGAUCGACGAUUUUCACAGCGUACUUUUUCGCUUCGGUGAUUUGCCAAUUUGCGGUUCACCUGUUGUCGCUGUGGUACACGCUGGACGUCGCCAAGGCGUACGCGGAUGGAGAAACAUCGACGCACCCGCUCGAAUCGCCCUUCGCCCCGAACCUAAUCAACACCGUCUCCUUCCUGGUCAACACGUUCACGCAGACGGCGACGGUGGCGGUCAACUACGUCGGCGCGCCGCACUGCGCGACUCUGCGCGAGAACGCGCCGCUGUUUUACUCCGUGCUCGGAACGUAUUUGGCGCUGGGGGUGUUGACGUCGCAGAUUUUCCCGAAACUCAACGAAACCGCGGAGCUUUACGCAAUGCCGACGGGGUUGGCGUCGACGCUGUGUCUGGUGAUGGCGUGCGACCUGGCGGCGUGCUGGGUCAUCGAGAGGACGAUGGACGCGGUGUUU